AUGGGAACCACAAAGUACCUUCUCAUCACCAGUUUUCUGCUGUUCUUGGGCCCAUUCUUUGACAUCACAGGUGAGUUUUUCUGAUGUAUGGUAGGCAUAUUUAUGGGAAUUUUUUCAUUUUAAAUUUACAUUUUUACAAAAGGCAGACAUUUUGUUGAUUUGUUUUUUUAACAGACAAAGUAAGUCUGUUUCCCUUGGUUGGAGGGAAAAUAUUCUACAACUCAAAAUUUUCAUAUGUUAAACUAGGACUUGUCCAUUCUAGAAUAGCAACAGGGAACAUUUAUUGGAUUUUAAUAAUUAUUGAAAGUAUUACCUAUAAAUGUAAUUGAAACAAUGUAAUUAUUUAAAAAACAACAACAUAAAAUAUGAUUUAGAAUUGAAAAGCAAACACAGAUUUAGUUUGGAGUAGUUUGACAUACUUCUGAUGAAAGCAAAGAUUACAAUUAGUAAUCUCGUAAUAUAGUGAUAUACCUUCUCCUCACACAGUGCUCUGAGGAAACAGAAUAUUAAAGCAAAGAACUGGCCAUCUGCAUUUAAUGAAUGGUUAAGCCAUGCUCUAAACACUGCAUGUUGGGUAAAUGUGUCAGCUACAGGCUAUGUGGAGUUUUACACUGUACAGAUGAGUACAGGGGGUUUAUUUGUUAAAAGUGGCGUUGUCACUAGAUAUAAUCUUUCUGAAAUACUAGUGCUGACUGAGUUAGAAUUUCAUUGAAAAUUCCAAUACAAUCCAAAGAGAUAAUAAGACAAAGUAGGGAUUACUUUGUUUUAGGGUAAUUCUAGAGGUUGACAGGAAGCUCCACUGUCAACUUUUGUCCAAUCCCAACAGUUGUCACAAGUGAGGUCUGUGAGAUUCAGGCAUGGUCUCGCUCAUCACAACACAUCUAUGAGAGGUACCUGCAGUCUCGUGGGAUCCUCAGUGAUGUACACUGCGGCCACCAGGCCCUAACUAGAUAUGUAACCACGAAAGGGACAGAUCCGAUUUAAACAUGGUGUGGUGGAGAACAGAGAGCACCAUUUGCAAGUUUUAGGUGAAAUAUAAAAAGUUCUCCAACUCACCUGGUUUACCAACUAUUUUAGCCAAAAGUGGCAAUUUCUUUUUCAGAAAUUGCUGCAUCGCUACUUAAUAAAAUAAAUACAAAUGCGUACUUCAUUUCUUCUGGAUUGCUGAAAGAAAAUAUCAUAAAAUAAUAAAAUAUAUAAGUUGAAAAUGUCAAGUGCCCCAGAGCAAUGUAAUGUGCAAAAUAUUUCAUUAGGGUGUGCAAGCGAAAAAACAGAAAAGGGAGUGUUCUCACAUUUGUUUAGCAGGAAGACUUAAGCAACAUCAGUUAGUGAUGAUUUAAAAAUACAUUAAAAUCAGACAUACAGAAUACAGCAGCCAAAGGGCCUAAACAAGGGUGUAUAGGAUGGGCUAUUUAAUCAGGGCUAUUCAAUAAUCUGUCUUCUCUGGAAUUCCUCAGAGAAUAACACAUUUUACGCACCCCUUCCCUCCUCUCCCCCCUUUGUAACGUAUGAUUCCAAGUCAAUAUUUUAAUUAACAUUUUCAAUUUUCUGGUAAAUUCCCAACAAUUCCUAAUUUAGCAGCUACAUCUCUGUGCUGAUUUCACCACAUUCUGAAUAGUGGUGAUUUGAAAACUGAACUGCAAAAUUUAGGGCUAAAAAAAUUCUCCAAAACAAGCAAACUGUAGCUGAGUUGGAGAUUUUCCUAAAUCAAUACCUUUUGCCACCAUUUUGCAGCUUGACUUUCGGUAGUCUACAAUUGAGUGUUUAGUGAAUAACUCCCUAUUAAUAGAUGGGAAGCAUCAACUCAUUUACAUCCGACACAAGAUAGGUAAACAUGGAAACUCUGGAAUCGGAAAUGUGAGACCUUAAGGUAAAAAGGAAGGUAAACCAGUUCAUUUGGAAGUCAAUUCAAAGUAAUCUUGUCAUAGUGAACUUAUUAAAAAAUAUUUAAGAUGUUGAAGGUUAAUCGAGCGUUAUGUGCUGGAAAUCAUCCCACGAUCUAUAGUCUAAAUAUUGGGCUAAUAAAACAUACACAUUAAUGACAAAAUACAUUUAACUUCUGAAAAAAACCUUAAACAGAAUAUUUUUUCCUUCCGAUAUUCUUUCACAAAGACAGCCAAAAUACAUAUAUUUUGUGUUUAUCGAGAAAAGCACCAAUUUAAAGGACCACUAUAGUGCCAGGAAAACAUACUUGUUUUCCUGGCACUAUAGUGUCUUGAGGGUGUCCCCACCCUCAGGGUCCCCUCCCGCCCGGCUCUGGGGAGAGGAAGGGGUUAAACUUACCUAUUUUCUAGUGCCGGGCGGGGAGCUCUCCUCCUCCGUUCCUCCCAUUCUGCUGAAUGCGCACACGCGGCAAGAGCUGUGCGCGCAUUCAGCCGGUCUCAUAGGAAAGUAUUUACAAUGCUUUCCUAUGGACACUUGCGUGUUCUCACUGUGAUUUUCACAGUGAGAAGCACGCAAACGCCUCUAGCGGCUGUCAAUGAUUUAGAGGCUGGAUUAACCUAUUUAUAAAUAUAGCAGUUUCCCUGAAACUGCUAUGUUUAUAAAAGAAUGGGUUAACCCUGGCUGGACCUGGCACCCAGACCACUUCAUUAAGAUGAAGUGGUCUGGGUGCCUAGAGUGGUCCUUUAAAUAAGUUCAAUGACACCUUAACCUUAAUCAGAAUAGCUCAUCAAAAAAAUAAAAUAAUAAAAUCAGAAUUAUAUGGAUUUGUUCUGAUAGAAAUCAACAAGAAUUUCUAAAUAGAACAGCUGCAUACUCAAUUCAAUAAAAAAAAAAAUCAUUGGAUACAUUUGUAAAUGCUUUAAUUUUAUUACAUUUAUCUCAAUAGUCUCAGUGGUACGAUAGAUAAUAUAUAUUCUUUAAUAAUUAUUUGUCUUAUUUGGUUUACAAACACCUAACAAAAAUAAAUACAAUGCAGAAAAAAUACAAAUUUGAAAUGAUAUCCAUUAUGUUCAUUUCAGUGAGGGCUUAUUAGUUUUGCACAUGGUCUGCAAAUUAAUAUUGAAGUAACACGUCAGGGAUACAAAGCAGGUUCGAAAACACACUCCCAGAUGUCUGGUUGCAAGCUGGGAGCUGGCAGCGUAGGGGAACCUUUCAAAAGCAUUCAUAUCCUUAAUAUGGGCUUGUUUGUACAUAAUUUAAUGGUGAGAAAUUUAGUUUUAAGAGCAACUAUUACCUCAAAUCAAAUUUUUUAUGUUAUAAUCCUUUAAUUGAAUAGUGAAAUAAAUAACUUUUUUUAAAAUGAAGUAUAUGUAAAAAGAAUGAGAGAAACUCACCCAUUCCUUUAUUAAAUAACACACAAGAUCCAGCGCACCCACUCAUCCAUUCCACAGCAACUUCCAAAGCUCACAGAUUGUAUUGAUAUAUUUUAACACCUAAUCUAAGCAAUAAUAAUGGGUACUUAGUUACAGUAUGGGAUCAUACAUUGCAUAAACCUGCCACAACGUCAAUGUACCCCAUUCUUGGCAGGUCUUGAAUGUCUGUCCUCAAUUUAUUUUAUUUAUUUUUUAACAUAUACUCUAUUUCCUUUCAAAACUUGAUGAAAGGAUUAUUAUUUUAGAAAAUAGUUUUGAGGUGACAGCUGUCCUUUAAGAAGAGUCCAAACUGUAAAUAUGUUACAAAUGGAUAAAAGAAGGGAUUAUUUUGACAAUAGAGAAAAUAAGAUAAUCGGGAACGUAUUGGCUAAAUGUAGUCUGUGUAUAGAAGCUGUUAUGAGGGUAAGGGGUUAAACUACUGACCCAAGGUAUCAAAAUAGACAUCUGACCUGUAACUAAUAUCAUUUGGAUAUACUACAUUUUAUUGUGUUUUAUUUCUUAAACAGUGAACCACGAGAGGGUAAAACUGUUGGAAUAAACCUCCAGUUCAGUAAAGUUGGACUUUUGUCCCCCCAAUUCAGCAAUUUCAAGUCGAUUGCCAAUGCAGAUAUAUUUGUUUUUUAAAGUGGUCUUGAAAUGAAGUAAUGUGAGCUAUAUCUAUGUUCGUUGUAUAUCAAAAUAAGCAAAUUUUAAUAAAAUUUCUUUCUCUAUUUCAGAUGCACAAACAACAGCCAGCACUACAGGUAAGAUAUAGAUUUACAUCAACUAUGAAUAAUAUAUAUACUGCUGAAUUUAUUGUCCAUUGUUAUAUAACAUCAGUCAUUUCCCACCUUCCUGAGGCAUUUUGGAGCUUGCUUCAUAAAAAAAGGAGGGGUCCCUCCGAUCCCUGCUAACUAGGACAUAGCCCUGUAAUUCGACCUGUUCCUUUAUCCCAUAUCGAGGUGGGAAAGGGUUAAUAGAGUGAGAUGUAUCCCAUAUCAAGGUGGGAAGGGUUAAUAGAGCAAGAUGUAUCCCAUAUUGAGGUGGGAAGGGGUUAAUAGAGCGAGAUGUAUCCCAUAUCGAGGUGGGAAGGGGUUAAUAGAGCAAGAUGUAUCCCAUAUCGAGGUGGGAAGGGGUAAAGAGAGCGAGAUGUAUUCCAUAUCAAGAUGGGGAAGGGUUAAUGGAGCGAUAUGUAUCCCAUAUCAAGGGGGGAGGGGUUAAUAGAGCAAUAUGUAUCGCCAUAUGGAGUUGGGAAGGGGUUAAUGGAGUGAGAUGUAUUCCAUAUCGAGGUGGUAAGAGGUUAAUAGAGCAAGAUGUAUUCCACAUGGAGGUGGGAAGGGGUUAAUAGAGCGAGCGAGAGGUAUCCCAUAUCAAGCUGGGAAGGGGUUAAUAGAGCAAGAUGAGGGUUCUAUGACUGUGUUACACCCAUUCAACAGAGUAGACAUGUGCAAUUCAUUUCAGUCCAAAUGUAAAUUCAGACGAAUUUCGGGAAUUCGGACAUUUGGUUGCUUCCAAAUGUCUGAAUUGCUGAAAUUUCCGAAGUGCUGAAACGCUGAAUUUCCGAAGUGCCGAACCAAACCAAAUAGCCAAAGUGACGAAUUUCGGAAGUGCAGAAGUGCUUCGGAUUUCUGAAAAGUUGCAGAACAGGAGAGGGAGGGAAAAUUAAGGCAAUGAUGACAAGAAUCUAACUCUACCCCUAGCCCUAACCCUAACUCUACCCCUGCCAUUUAUCCUGCUCCCCUCCCUUCACUCUAGUACACUGCACCCUCCCUCCCCCAAUUUAAUACUCUGCCCUCCCCCUCCCUUCCCCAAUUUAAAACACUGCCCUCCCAACCUACGUCCCCCCAAUUAUAUACACUGUUCCCCUCCCACCACUCUAAUACACUGCCUCCCUGACCCCACAAGUUAGUGCUGGUGUAGUACUUGGUGCUGGUGUAGCAGUGGGAGUUCUUGUAGUGGAUGCUGGUGUUGUAGCUGGUGCAGCUGUAGAAGUGUCACGUAUUCAUCCGCUUAUAAAAAUGUGGUUAAUGACAUUUACUGUCCACACAUGAAAAGUUGAGCCGAGCAGCAACCAAAUCCACAGAAGGGUUAAUGCUGAGCAGCAAUUAUGCAAAUGGGAACCUGGUAACUGCCUUUGGGGUCAUAGGCCGGUUACAGCCUAACAGAUCUAGAAGAGGGGUAUUUAGGCCCAGUUCUCAUCCUGCUCAGUGCCCUGUCGUUGUUUCCCUUGUGGUUGUCUGAGUGCGCGUUAUUGAUUUUGGGUAUUCUGGUUAUUUGACUUUGGCAUUGUUUUUGACUUCCCUGUUUUCUGGCAUCCCUGACUCCUGGCUUUUCCUCAUCAUUGUGUCUCUUUCUGUAUCCCUUGACCUCGGCUAUUCCUGACGAUUCUUUGGUACGUUAGUCCGGCCAUUCUAAGGUCCAGUAUACGUUACCUAUCAGGCCUCUGUGUUUCACAAUUCUACGUGCUGGAUCGUUCUGUAAUCCUGACAUUACGACAGGGAUGACAUUUACUCAUUUGUCUUGGUCUAUCUGGAUGAUAUCCUUAUUUAUUUUCCUGACCUCCAGUCUCACCACAAUCACGUUAAACAAGUUCUGCGUAAAACAACACAAUCACGUAAAACAACUUUAGUGUAAAUUGGGAAAAUGUAUCUUUGACCAGUCUGAAGUACAGUUUUUAGGAUAUAAUAUUUCUGCCUCGGGGUUUCAGAUGGAUCCUAAAAAACUAGAGUCUGUUCUACAGUGGCCUUUACCCAUUGGGUUGAAAGCCAUUCAAAGGUUCAUUGGUUUCACCAAUUAUUACAGAAGAUUUGUAAAGGGAUUUUCUUCAGUAAUAGCCCCCAUCACCAAUAUGACACGCAAGGGGGCUAGUAGUACGAUAUGGUCUAAGGAGGCAAUUGAAGCCUUUGAAACUCUCAAACAGCGGUUUGCCUCCGCUGACAUAUUGAUUCAUCCUGACACCAGUAAGCCUUUCAUACUGGAGGUUGAUGUUUCAGAGACAGGGGUAGAGGCAGUGGAGCUGAGGCAUACGUAGAGUUAUUGGCUGCUAACUGCUCCCACGUAAUGUGCACAUGGUGUUAAAGGCUACUAACUGCUCCCUCAAAGGCUGCUAACUGUUCCGUCACAAUGUGCACAUAGUGUUAAAGGCUACUAACUGCUCCUUCACAAUGUGCACGUAGUGUUAAAGGCUGCUAACUGCUCCCUCACAAUGUGCACAUAGUGUUAAAAGCUUAAAUUAAACAAUGCUAAACAAAAAAAGGUGAAAACAAAAACUUUCAGCAACUCCUUCGCAAUGUGCAAAUAGUGUUUGUAACUAGUUUAGUGAGCUUGUGUAUGUGUGUAGUGAGCUUGUGUGUGUCAAUGAGCUUGUGUAAAGUGAGUCUGUGUGUGUAGUAAGCUAGUGUUUAAUAGGUUUGUGUGUUGUGAGCUUCUGUGUGUGUGUGUAAAUAAACUUGCGUUUAGUGAGCUUGUGUGUAGUGAGCAUGUGUUUAAUGAGUUUGUGUGUGCUUAGUGAGCUUGUGUUUAGUAAGCUUGUGUGUGUUUAGUGAGUUUGUGUUUAGUGAGCUUGUAUGUGUGUCAGUGAGUUUGUGUUUAGUGAGCUUGUAUGUGUGUCAGUGAGCUUGUGUUUAGUGAGCUUGUAUGUGUGUCAGUGAGCUUGUGUGUAGUGAGUUUGUGUGUGUGUGAAAAUAAACUUGUGUUUAGUGAGCUUAUGUGUAGUGAGCGUGUGUUUAGUGAGCUUGUGUGUGCUUAGUGAGCUUGUUUUAGUGAGCUUGUGUGUGUUUAGUGAGUUUGUGUUUAGUGAACUUGUAUGUGUGUCAGUGAGGUUGUGUGUAGUGAGCUUGUGUGUGUGUGUGUCAGUGAGCUUGUGUUUAGUGAACUUAUGUGUGUGCGUAGGUGAGCUUGUGUUUUGUGAGCAUGUGUGCCAGUGAGCUUGUGUGUAGUUAGCUUGUGUGUGUCAAUGAGCUUGUGUUUAGUGAACUUAUGUGUGUGCGUAGGUGAGCUUGUGUUUUGUGAGCAUGUGUGCCAAUGAGGUUGUGUGUGUGUAUAAAUGAGCUUUUGUUUAGUGAGCUUGUGUGUUAGUGAGCUUGUGUUUAGUGAGCUUGUAUGUGUGUGUCAAUGAGCUUGUGUGUGUGUUUAGUGAGCUUGUGUUUGUGCAUAGUGAACGUGUGUUUAGUUAGGUUGUGUUUAAUGAGCUUGUGUGUCAGUGAGAGUGUGUAGUGUGUUUGUGUAGUGAACCUGUGUGUGUGCAUAGUGAGCUUGUGUUUAGUGAGCUUUUUUUGUGGGAUUAGUGAGUUUGUGUGUGCAUGUCAGUGAGUUUGUGUGUAGUGACAUUGUGUGCGUGUCAGUGAACUGUCAGUAGUGAGCUGUGUGAGCUUGUGAUCUUUUGUUUGUGUUUAUGCCAGUGAUCUUGUAUGUAGUCAGCUUGUGUAUGUGUCAGUAAGCGUGUGUGGGUGUGUCAGUGAACUUUCUGUACUGAGCUGUGUGUAGUGAGCUUGUGUGUGUGUGUGUGUGUGUGUCAGUGAACUGUCUAUAGUGAGCAGUGUGCAUUUGUGUGUAGUUAGAUGUUUGUAGUGCACUUGUAUAUUACAUUGAGUUUCUGUAGUGAGUUUGGUAUGUGUGUGUAUUGAGCUGUAUGUAGUGAAUUUUAUAUAGUGAGCUUGACUGUCUCUGGGCGAGCUUGUGUGUUGUGAGCUUUCUGUAUUGAUCUGUGAGUAGUACUUUUUCAGUAGUGAGUUUGUAUGCCUGUGAGUGAGCUUAUGAAUGUGCCGGUGAGCUUGUAUAAAUAUAUAAUAAAAUAAAUAUAUGAUUGCACCAACAUUUUGAAUAAAUAUAAAUAAAUACAAAUUGUGUGUAUAUAUAUAUAUGCACCAACCAACAUACCAACAUUUGUGUGUGUGUGUGUAUACUCAUGUGUGUGUGUGUAUACACUGAUGUAAGGGGCCCAAGAGGUCAUUUUACCCAAGUCCAUCCCCGAAGACUAUGAAUCUUAUAUUUUUGCUUGUGCUUGCUCCUCUUGAUAUUCAUGUAAUAUGUAUGUGGAUAUGUGCGUAGCUGAUGGUAAGGUAUAUGAAAGGAUUGGUAGUAGUAUUUGAGUGCGAUUCAACAGAUACAAUUACUGGGUUGGUGAAUGGAUGUAUAAAAGUGGCUAGCUUAUAGUAUGUGACUGGAUAGUUGGGGUGGAUGAUUUGGGUGUGUGCAUCUCAUCUUGGGAGUAGUGGUACAAACUAAUAAUGUGAAUGUGAAUGGUUGGGGAGGCAUAAAUGACUGGGAGAUGAGGAAUGGUAUAUGAUAGGGUGGGAGGUAAAGCAGGUUAAUUUAACUAGGAGAUAGGGUUGGACCAAGUUACCACUACGGACCGCUAGAAUUGUUAUGGUGACAUAAGUACCUUGCUGUCUUUCCCUGCUGAGAGUGUAAACUGUUCAUUAAUGGUUAGCCUUCGUACCUGGGUCACACUGGGCACAAGCCUCCUUUAAUGCUGGCCAACCAGUAUCUGGCUUCUGCAGAGAUAUUGGUUCAGCUAUUCAUUUAUUGAGCGUGUCAGCUGCUGCUCAGUCGUUUAAUGGAACUUUGCACCAAAUAUACAGAGGACUGACAUUAGCCAACACAGAACUUUCUAAUGAUGCUGCACUAAAAUGGCCAUGAUGCUUGGCGUAACCCUUUACUGUGUAAUAAAGAUGUGAAAUAUGUGAAGGGACUCCCACAACAACUCGAAAUAUAUAUAUAUAUACAGUUAUUCUCACACAUGGCUACAACUACUGCAUUGCAUUCCCCACUACUAUAAGUACACCUUAAACAGAGAUGCACCCACUGCAGCUGCCUUUUACACCCACAUCAUUCUACAUGAGCUUCUGCCACAUUUUUGCACCCGCACUGAAAUGCUAACAAAAUGAGCACCCACUACUACAGAUCUACCAACCCCUAUGGCAUUAGUCAUCACUACAGCUGUCCCCUCUUCAUCAGGUGCACCCAAAUACAAUCGCUCCCUACCAGUACUACACUCAACUCCUACAGCUACUACAGCACCCACGUUUACUGCUAAAUACAGUACAACAGCCACAGUAGCUCCUACUAAAAAAACACACACACAAUUCAAGCGACCAUUAUAGAAUUACUGACUAGUAAUACAUUUUCUGUCUACAAUAUGCUGUGAUUGUUUUUGUAACUCAGUGUUGCUGUUGUUUUUUCAUUUUUUUUUCAUUAAGGCACCACCAUUUCUACGGGAUCUGCAACUACUACUGAACCAGCAACAACUACAGCAUCCACUGCUACUUCCCCAACAGCUACCCCAGUGUCCACUGCUACUGGGACUGCAGUUACUACAGGAUCUACUACUACUGGAACAGCAGUUACUACAGGAUUGACUACUACUGGGACAGCAGUUACUACUGGAUCUACUACUACUGGAACAGCAGUUACAACAGGAUCUUCUACUACUGGGACAGCAGUUACUACAGGAUCUACUACUACUGCAGUUACUACAGGAUCUUCUACUACUGGGACAGCAGUUACUACAGGAUCCACUACUACUGGAACAGCAGCUACUACAGGAUCUUCUACUACUGAGACAACAAUUACUACAGGAUCUACUACUACUGGAACAGCAGUUACUACAGAAUCUUCUACUACUGGGACAGCAGUUACUACAGAAUCUAUUACUACUGGAACAGCAGUUACUACAGGCUCUUCUACUACUGGGACAGCAGUUACUACAGGAUCAACUACUUCUGGAACAGAAGCUACUACAGGAUCUUCUACUACUGGGACAGCAAUUACUACAGGAUCUUCUACUACUGGAACAGCAGUUACUACAGGAUCUUCUACUAGUGGGACAGCAGUUACUACUGGAUCUUCUACUACGGAAACAGUAGUUACUACAGGAUCCACUACUACUGGAAUGGCAGCUACUACAGGAUCUUCUACUACUGGAACAGCAGUUACUACUGGAUUGACUACUACUGGGACAGUAGUUACUACUGGAUCUACUACUACUGGAGCAGCAGUUACUACAGGAUCUUCUACUACUGGGACAGCAGUUACUACAGGAUCUACUACUACUGCAGUUACCACAGGAUCUUCUACUACUGGGACAGCAGUUACUACUGGAUCUUCUACUACGGAAACAGCAGUUACUACAGGAUCCACUACUACUGGAACAGCAGUUACUACUGGAUUGACUACUACUGGAUCUACUACUACUGGAGCAGCAGUUACUACAGGAUCUUCUACUACUGGGACAGCGGUUACUACAGGAUCUACUACUACUGCAGUUACCACAGGAUCUUCUACUACUGGGACAGCGUGCUACAGGAUCCACUUACUACUGGAACAUCAGCUGCACAGGAUCUUCUGCUACUGGGGCAGCAAUUACUACCAGGAUCUUCUACUGCUGGGACAUCGAGUUACUGCGGUAUCUGCUACUGUAGCAGUUACUACUGGAUCUACUACUGCUGAGACAGCAGCUACUGCAGGAUCACUGCUACUGGAACAGCAGCUACUACAGGAUCUUCUACUACUGGAACAGCAGUUACUACUGGAUUGACUACUACUGGGACAGCAGUUACUACAGGAUCCACUACUACUGGAACAGCAGCUACUACAGGAUCUUCUACUACUGAGACAGCAAUUACUACAGGAUCUACUACUAUUGGAACAACAGUUACUACAGGAUCUUCUACUACUGGGACAGCAGUUACUACAGGAUCCACUACUACUGGAACAGCAGCUACUACAGGAUCUUCUACUACUGAGAGAGCAAUUACUACAGGAUCUACUACUACUGCAGUUACUACAGGAUCUCCUACUACUGGGACAACAGUUACUACAGGAUCAACUACUACUGGAACAGAAGCUACUACAGGAUCUUCUACCUCUGGGACAGCAGUUACUACAGGAUCCACUACUACUGGAACAGCAGCUACUACAGGAUCUUCUACUACUGAGACAGCAAUUAUUACAGGAUCUACUACUAUUGGAACAGCAGUUACUACAGAAUCUUCUACUACUGGGACAGCAGUUACUACAGAAUCUAUUACUACUGGAACAGCAGUUACUACAGGCUCUUCUACUACUGGGGCAGCAGUGACUACAGGAUCUACUACUACUGCAGUUACUACAGGAUCUUCUACUACUGGGACAGCAGUUACUACAGGAUCAACUACUUCUGGAACAGAAGCUACUACAGGAUCUUCUACUACUGGGACAGCAAUUACUACAGGAUCUACUACUACUGGAACAGCAGUUACUACAGGAUCUUCUACUACUGGGACAGCAGUUACUACUGGAUCUUCUACUACUGAAACAGCAGUUACUACAGGAUCCACUACUACUGGAACGGCAGCUACUACAGGAUCUUCUACUACUGGAACAGCAGUUACUACUGGAUUGAUUACUACUGGAGCAGCAGUUACUACAGGAUCUUCUACUACUGGGACAGCGGUUACUACAGGAUCUACUACUACUGCAGUUACCACAGGAUCUUCUACUACUGGGACAGCAGUUACUACAGGAUCCACUACUACUGGAACAUCAGCUACUACAGGAUCUUCUCCUACUGAGACAGCAAUUACUACAGGAUCUUCUACUACUGGGACAGCAGUUACUACAGUAUCUACUACUACUGCAACAGCAGUUACUACUGGAUCUUCUACUACUGAGACAGCAGCUACUACAGGAUCCACUGCUACUGGAACAGCAGCUACUACAGGAUCUUCUACUACUGGAACAGCAGUUACUACUGGAUUGACUACUACUGGGACAGCAGUUACUACAGGAUCCACUACUACUGGAACAGCAGCUACUACAGGAUCUUCUACUACUGAGACAGCAAUUACUACAGGAUCUACUACUAUUGGAACAGCAGUUACUACAGAAUCUUCUACUACUGGGACAGCAGUUACUACAGAAUCUAUUACUACUGGAACAGCAGUUACUACAGGCUCUUCUACUACUGGGACAGCAGUUACUACAGGAUCUACUACUACUGCAGUUACUACAGGAUCUUCUACUACUGGGACAGCAGUUACUACAGGAUCAACUACUACAGGAACAGAAGCUACUACAGGAUCUUCUACUUCUGGGACAGCAAUUACUACAGGAUCUACUACUACUGGAACAGCAGUUACUACAGGAUCUUCUACUACUGGGACAGCAGUUACUAUAGUAUCUACUACUACUGGAACAGCAGUUACUACGGGAUCUUCUACUACUGAGACAGCAGUUACUACAGGAUCCACUACUACUGGAACGGCAGCUACUACAGGAUCUUCUACUACUGGAACAGCAGUUACUACUGAAUUGACUACUACUGGGACAGCAGUUACUACUGAAUUGACUUCUACUGGGACAGCAGUUACUACUGGAUCUUCUACUACUGGAACAGCAGUUACUACAGGAUCUACUAUUGCAGUUACCACAGGAUCUUCUACUACUGGGACAGCAGUUACUACUGGAACAUCAGCUACUACAGGAUCUUCUACUACUGGGACAGCAGUUACUACAGAAUCUAUUACUACUGGAACAGCAGUUACUACAGGCUCUUCUACUACUGGGACAGCAGUUAUUACAGGAUCUUCUACUACUGUGGCAGAAGUUAAUACUACUACUGGAACAGCAGCUACUACAGGAUCUUCUACUACUGGAACAGCAGUUACUACAGGAUCUACUACUAGAACAGCAGUUACUACAGUAUCUUCUACUACUGGAACAGCAGUUACUACAGGAUCCACUACUACUGGAACAGCAGUUACUACAGGAUCUACUACUACUGGAACAGCAGUUACUACAGGAUCCACUACUACUGGGACUGCAGUUACUACAGGAUCUACUACUACUGGAACAGCAGUUACUACAGGAUCCACUACUACUGGAACAGCAGUUACUACAGGAUCUACUACUAGUGAGACAACAGUUAGUACAGGAUCCACUACCACUGGGACAACUGUUACUACAGGAUCUAUUACCACUGAGACAACAGUUACUGCAGGAUCCACUACUACUGGGAUAACAGCUACUACAAGAUCCACUGGUAUUGGGACUUCAACUACUACAGCAUCUCCUGUAACUGGCUCUACAGGAACCAUAUCCACUGCUACAAAUAAUGGACUACAAAGUGAGUAUACAGACCUAAUAACCAAUUUGUAUGCUAGUCAACUUUUCCAAAUACUCUGCAACAAAAAGCAAUUCUGGGCUCUGAGUUCUUUAAAAUAGUUUGAACAGUCCCAAUGUUUCCUGAUUGCGUCUUGAUUCUGGAGACACUUCAGAGAAAACCUAAACUGCAGUGAGAAAGGCUGUUAUGAUGUGUAUUUAGCUGCUCUGGGUUAUUCCAGAAAAUCUCUACAUUUAGAAUAGUAUCUGUGGCUCUCUUUCUGCUCAUGUAUGGCCAUCUAUGGCUACCUUGCUGGACUAGCUACCUAUAGAAUAGUAUAUGUGGCUCUGUUUCUACUCAUGUAUGACCCUCUUUGGCUAGCUUGCUGGACUAAUGGUAACAAGGGCAUAUUGUAAAACUCCCAAAAGUCCCGAAUUUAUUUAUUUAUUAAUUAUUACUGGUAUUUAUAAAGUGCCAACAGAUUCUGCAGCGCUGUACAAUUAGUGGAGAAUGUACAGUAUACACAGAAAAAUACAAGAGGUAGAGAGAGCCCUGCCCGUUAGCUGAUAUCUAGCCAUUGGAGCUCUUUUAUACAAAGUGCUUAGCUAGAUGGCCCGUGACCUUACAAUCUAAAGGAUACAAUGGGGAUUUGAGACAAGAGGUAGCAGGGGAAGUUUGGAGGUGAUGGCUGAGAGUGGUAGGAUUUUCUGCAGGAUGUUAAAUGCAGUGCUUCAUUGAGUUUGAGUGUGAAGUGAGGCCUGAGAGUGGUAGGACUUUCUGUAGGAUGUUAAAUGCAAUGCUUCACUGAGUUAUUCACUAUACCUAGUUAUUCGCUAUACAGGGUUAUUCACUAUACAGGGUUAUUCACUAUACACGGUUUUACUCUAUACAGGGUUAUUCACUAUACCCGGUUAUUCGCUAUACAGGGUUAUUCGCUAUACCCGGCUAUUCGCUAUACAGGGUUAUUCGCUCUACACGGUUAUUCACUAUACAGGGUUAUUCCCUACACAGGGUUAUUCACUAUACACAGUUAUUCCCUACACAGGGUUAUUCACUAUACAUGGUUAUUCACUAUACAGGGUUAUUCGCUAUACAGGGUUAUUCGCCUACCCUGUUAUUCGCUAUACAGGGUUAUUCGCUAUACAGGGUUAUUUCAAUUGAAGGCCAAAUAACUGGACAGGAAGCUAAACUUGGAGCUGUUUUUCGAGUUUGACUAUUUUGCUCAUCAACUAAAGUUUCACUUUGAAUUCCCAACAAUAAUUAGUAGUAACUAACCCUCGCAGUAAUCUUUACAUGCCUGGAGCUGACGCAUACAGAGCAAUGUACGGUAAAGGCCUUAAUGUAGAAUAAACUGUUGGAAUUUUCACUAUCAAGGUUAUACUGGCAAUUCUCAAUGACUAAUUAUUAGUCACGUGGCUGAAAUGGGAAGAAUCUAGAACCCAUUCUCCAUAGUUUCCAUUUUAGUGAAUAUGACCAAUAUGUCGUGUGAUAUAUAUGCAGUCUUACAUAUAAUAAUUCUAUCUGCAGCCUCCGCUGGAGGGAACAGUGCCACGACCCAGAGCACUACCGAAACCACUUCUGACCAACUUGCAGGUGAGAUAUAAAAUAUCAAUGUACAAAGUGUAUCCAUUAUCAAUGACAUAUAGACAGUGUUUCUGUACAAUGUGUUCAGUAUAUGGAUAAUCCCCAUCAGCAGUAAAACACAGCUACUCAGGGUAAUACUGUAUCUAAUUUGUUCAGCGGCAGACUGAGUAUGACUCAUUACCUCUGGCUUUUGAGGGCCAACACUUGUUUUGGAAAUCAUAAACUGGAAGUGGAGUUUAAAAAAACCCUCAAAAUAUAUGUGGGUGGGACAAGUCAGGAGAAGGGCCAGCUCUGAACUGGCAGGUACAUUCACGGAUACACUAUAUGAUUAUGGGCUUACUUUUGUAAUAAUCAUUUCUGCUUUCUUACAGUUCCAUACUGGGGUAUUAUCUUGAUGGGAUUAGUAGUAAUUCUGGGAGUUGCCUUAAUCUUGGGAUUGCUGUUUGGAGUAAGUAUUUGUCUUAAAUAAAUGACUGUUUUAAAUAUUUCUGAAUCGAAAUUGCUGAAGCCAAUAACAGCAACCCGUAACCACUGAUUUAUGUUCAACUGACAAAUGUUAAUUAUGACUUUAAUCAUUAAUAAUAUGCCAUUGAUGUAUUGAAAUAUAUAAAAUGUAACAUUAUAGAGUUUACAUUUACUCUUAUUGGAAUUGUAUUAAUUAGUAACUCAUGCUUCCCAUUCACAGGACUCUAGAAGCACUUCCUAAGCAUUACCCAAUUCAUUUUUCGAAACUUUAAUACGUCCACGGCAUUUAUUUCAGUAACACUAUCUCUAUAUUAAAUUACCUUAUUAACACAUUAACAAAUAACACAUUCUUUCCAAUAACAAUAUGUCUGAUGGGCAGCUAAAAUUAUAUCCUAGAUAUUUCUCAUGUCUUAAAAGUCAUACUAAGAAGUCUGGACACCAUUUUCUAAAUAGUUCAUCCGCCGCAAAAUUAACUGUCAAUGAGUUUCCCUAACACUUUUCUCCUAAUGUCUUUUCCCUCCAGUUCUUGGCCUGUGCAAGGACCUCUGCCACCUACACUGUAGAGAGUUAUCCUGCCUACUUUACACAUUCAAGGUGGUGGAACCCUACACGUCUCUCCAUGGUCCGAGACCCUGAGCAUGGAAACCAGUCAAGACCAAACAUUAGACGACUAUCAAGUCAGUCAGAGAACUACGAACUUCAUAAAAGAGCACAACAAUCUGGACAGAGCCACAAAUAAUCCACAUUGAUUCACUAAGCGAUCUUGGGAUUUAAACUGGCAUGGAAGCAAAGUUACUCUAAAAAUGCUAUUUACUAGCAGGUGUAACUCUGCUGUUAUGCCUAUUAUUAAACACUUCUCACUGGAGGAAUCUCCGUAGUAAACUAGAGGAACCACAAUGUCAUUCUGUAUUCACAAAUGGCACUGAGGUUUCAAGGGCACAUAAAGGUAAUUUUUCUGGAGCUACACCU